AUGCCAGAGUUAUGUGCGUCACUACACGUGGAGUCUGCACCUGCGUGGGGAGUCAUGAAGAAGGGGGGGGUCUACCAACGAGCCCCUCCUAGUGCUGAUGUAAGAGACUUCUUACAAACUGCUACUGCAGCACUGAACCUUCAUACAUUGUCCCCUUCGGAUCUGCAGAGGAUAUUGAAUGGAGAGGACACAAGUGUCUGGGUGUUACUCCUGGCUCCGUACGGCACUCAAUGGGAACACAUCGUCGAGCCGUUCACACAGGCCAGCAUAGACCACCUGGAAAAUGAGAAUAUUAAUUUCGGCAUAAUGUCAUGCAGUGCUAAGGCAGCGCAGUACUGUACGCAAGUAUCGCACCAGCCUGUAAUAGUAAUACAACAGGGCGUCAGGCGCAAAACGUACCACAAGCAAGACUACGGGACCUUGAUGACGGACUUUAUUGACAUGGCUGUUAAAAGUCAAGACAUAGAACUAUCCGAGAAACAACUCCUGGAAAUAAUGCACGUAUCGUCCCGCAAGUACACGUGGCUGAUCGCAUUCGUACCGUCCGGCAAACCGUGCGGGUAUACGUGCGAUAACCUGCCUUAUGAGUGGAUGGUGGUCGCUAAGAAAUUACGUCCGCUGAAGUUCGUGCGCGUGGGCAUGUUGGACUGCGCGACCAACCCGACGGACUUCUGCGCCAACGUGCGCUGGCCUACUGCACGGAUAUAUCCUGUCGGCUCCAGUGAACAUAUCAGCAUAAACUUACAAGAGUUGGCGCAAGCGCCCUACAUUUUGGAGUGGGCACUCGAGUAUAUUGUGGACUCCGCACAAAAACUCAACUGGCAGGUAUUCUCUAAGAAAGUCAUCGCUGAAGAAUUGAAUCCUACUGGAACGAAGAAACCUUGGCUGGUAUAUUUCCAUUCCCCAAGAUGUUUCAGCUGCUAUGAGAAGUAUCCGGCCUUUGCGAUCGCUGGCUAUUUCCUAAACAACGCUAUACAAAUGGGCCGAGUGAACUGCAUCUCUGAACGUGGCAUCUGUCAGCAGGAGCAAAUAAUGUCUUAUCCCACCCUUAAAUUAUAUCUCAGUAGAAAUCAGCGCCAAAGGUUCAGUACCGUCAUCAACAUACCUCUCAGAGACUAUGAAACCGUACUAAAAGAAGUUAAACAACAUAUAAGAAGAUACGACGAAAGUCUACUAGCAGGUAUAGAACAAAAUGUUAGAAAAAGUAUACAUAUAAAUCAUGAUGAAUUCUAG